UGUACCCGGCACAGGCAAACCGGGGGCGACCCUGAAGCGAGUACGAGAACAAGAACCGAAAGUGUCAUCACACGUUGGUGGUCGCCCUGGCGCUUUGGCAAGAGGAGGGUAUGCGAGAUGACGGGUUGGGUGUCGGGCAGGUAGACGUGGAUGGAGGUAGAGUUCCAGACGGAACGCCGCGCACGGCGCAGAAAAUGCUCGACAAGGGUGCACCGGCGUAUCGUAAGGGCUUGGCAAACUGCCUGAACACCAUGUCGGUCUGCAAGUUCCCGGAGGACCUUCCUUUUGGCCUGGGACGUCGCGGUGCCACCACGAACGCAAACGCCAGCAUCACUUACACUACAUCUCAGAAUACGUGUUCAGGGUGUGGUCGUGACUUCCCGACGGAGAAUCAGCAUACCGUGGUUGCAACUCGGUUGACAGAGGGGCCAGGCAUGUCGAAAAUGAACGUGCACGAAAACGAGUGUGAGACGUCCGCCAUCCACGGACUGGCCAGUGACAACUGGCGGGAGACUGGUUUGUUCAACUACAACAAAAGUUACCUUGUGGAGCUGUUUAUCCUGUGCAGAUGCCUGGAGGCGUUCACCAGGGGUACGACAUUAAGCGCCUUCGUCGAAACGUUUUUAGAACCUUUGGCGAGUGACCUGGUCUGGAUCAAGGCGAACCCUGAUCUCAGCAAAAGGCUCGCAAACGGCACCAACUUGCUCAACGUGCUCAACAACAUUUUCUUGGCGUUCCUGGCCCUCAUCGACCACGCUUUCGAGUUUCGGUGCUGGAUGUGGGGGAGUUUCCGCCGAUCCUCACUUUACGCCUGCAUGACGAUCGCCUGCAGUUUGGUGACUCUGGGGCAGCAAACGCCGGUUCUUGGGAUGUACGAUGCCGGAUGCAAAGCGGUGGCGCACAUGGAAAAACACCUCCCGGGGGUCCUUCAAAACCGCGGGAGACCCACUCGGCUUGGCGACGACGGGGUGGGGGGGGGGGGCAGCGGGUACAGCAACGCUGCCUCAAAUGACACCGAGGAUGGCGAGCCCGCACCCACACCACGCAUCUUCUUGCAGGCGUUGGCACACCUCGGCAGCAACAGCGCAAGCACCACCGUCGAAGCACCGCAAGUUUCUCUACCUGUACCACCAAAGAGAGACAGCAAAGUCGACGUGUAUGCCCUCAAGGCUGCUGCCCAGGGUGAUCGUGUGCAGAACCAAGUAAACGUCUACGAUCUUCUGCACGCGUCAGCCGAAACACAGGGGCCAGUACCGGAGGCCGUUAACUUGGCGGCCACGAGAGCUGUGGCAGCUCUCCGGGAGGCAGGAAUUCGGGUGCUCUCCUUCUUCGAGGUCCUCGUCUUCACGUACGUCUGGCUCCGAAACAUCGCCGAAGAUGAACCAGGCAUGCUAGAGCUAGGGGCUACGGGGUGGACCCUACGAAGGCCUUCCCACGGAGUAGUGCCUGUCGGGACCACCGCUGAGAGCGUGGACGCAGUCAGUACUGGUGACGCCGCAGAAGCACGUGCGGGAAGUGCUGGUGGUUGCGCACGGGGUCAGGAAUGGAAAGGGUGCAUGCUUGCCGGAUCGGUUUGGUGCGGGGGAUUUCGUGGACGGUGACACUUCAACUCUCUAUGCUACCCAGGUGGACGGGUCGGAUACGCGGCGGUGAGCGCAUUAAUGAUCAGAUGAUUUAGCAGCCGGGGGUUGACUACACCAACCUCUUGCCUUCUCUUGAUCAUUGCAUCGGUAUUUACACCUCUCUGAGAGCACUUGGGGUAAGGAAUUCGGCGUUCGGUUUUCGGUUUGCCCUUUGUGAUGCAAUCAUUGGCUUUGCCGACGGGUGGACGACCACUGUUUGGCGGUUUCAAAAACGAAGGCUGUAUCCAUCCCUCCACACAAUUCAUCUCUCGGUAGCCCUCUAGAGUCUACCCUUCAGAAUCGCUUGCCUGGGAUUCCCUGCGCGUCUGGCCGUUGGUAAAUUGUUUUCGAGCCCCCUCCUUCCUUCUAGUUCCACAUGUACGCGUGGUGAUAUUUGAGGUGUGUUCGAACAGCCGCCCUUGCCGCUUCUGAUUGUUGCUGCAGUCAACGUCAAAGGUCGUGGUCGAGAGGUGCACAAACUCUUCUUAGUGGUUCCAAAUCGAAGCUCCCAUUUACCCCUCCAAACAAUCCACCAGUCCCGAGCCCUCUAUAAUAGAGUUUCGCCUGGCGACGUGCGCGCCACCCUCUUGUGCGGUGUGCUGUUGGUUUGAAACGCGUAGUCGGAAUUGAGAGGUUAUUCAACAGCCACUCCUUUUCCUCGCGUGCGGAUUGCUGCAAGCGUAGACAAAGUUCAUGGUCGACGGAGUACAGCCGAUUGGCGAGAAAGAGCGCAAGAUAGCAGAGAGUGCCGUACGCUGCGGCAUCGGGUGCGGAGACGGUGUAUACUCCAUCAUGGCCCGUCAGAUUGCACUGGCGGUGAACGUCCCCCCGCAUGAGAACGUGGAGAACUUCAAGGUGGCCGGGUACAAUUGCGUCUGGCAUGACACCACCUUCGACGACAAGUCGUUCGAGCACGCCGAAUAUAAGACGUGGGAGUCGGGGAUAUUUGUGGGCCCAGACGGACCUCACGAGAAGAACCACCGCAAGGAGUGCCAGCGGCAGCAUAGUGGUUGCACGACGUGUGAUGAGCUUGCCGGGAUCAACCUGAACCCGCACGAACAGGACCAUUCGAAGAAGGCCUUGUACCUUCUAUCGCUCAAUACCAUGACAUUUUCCAACUUCACUCUCGCGGUAAGGGUGAUCAACGAGCGCCAAAACCAGGAGUUCAACAGAAAAACCCUGAGGACGCUUCAGCAAGUGUCACGGAACACCCAAAAGAUAACUUUACAGGCUGUGAAGCCGCCCUGUGGAGGUGCGGCAGGUGCUUUUGCUGGAAGCACGUCAUGCGCGUAUUCGACUGGCUGGGGAGGGUGGACAUUAUCAUGCUUGCGACGGUGCUGGGGUCGACCGCUUGAGUAUUGCAAAAUGGGGGCGAGCAUGGUAGAGUGUUGUUCACGUUGGGAUUGUGCCUGAAGAGUUGGAGGUGGGCAAAAGUCAGAAAGGUAUCCGAUUGAUAGUUCGGCCGGGCAGGCGUUGUGUAAUUUCUCGCGUGGGACGUAGUGUUUUGGUGGACGUGCAAGGUGCAUGUGCGAGGUAUUGGAAUGUAUCGUGUUUGUUGACGGGUUGACCACCGACCGCCAAACCCGUGCUUGUGCCACCACUUUCCGCUUAGCGUGUACUCUGCAGUCGGUUUUGUGUGUUGCGGAUUUCAACCCGUGUUUAGGGUGGGUGAUGCACAUGGUGGUGAUCCAAUGACAUCUUUCAGGGUAUACGCCCGUUGUGUACAAUUGUAGAUUCAGUUUGAGUGGGUCUGGUGUUGUUUCGCCUCGUUGGGCCCGUGGUAUGCAUGUCGGUCCCCGAUGCAGCGAUGCAUGGUGCAGCGAGAGUGCUUCUUUGGAGCUGAAAUUAUCGAGCAUUCUUGUCCUCCUCUGCCUGUGGCUCCUGUUUCGCGUGCAUGCUGGAUUGUACUGUGGAGCGGGCCUUAACCAGGGGCUAAGCCACAACGAUUCUAGUGUGCGUAUGUUCACAUGAUAUAUUCUUUAGGGUUGUUUGUGAAACAGAGGGAUAUUUACACUCGAAAAGGUGUGAAAAAAAACGCUUGCACGCACCACGUGUAAAAAUUGAUGUGGUCGACUAACACGGGCGUUGUUGUGAUUGCCGGAAAUGCGCCGUAAGGGUACUCAACUCAGGCUGGACAUCUACAAUCGGCCAAGAUUUCUGCUUGCCCGACUCGUCCAGCUGGUCGGUGGGCACGAAGACUACCGUUUUUCUGGGUAACGUCGACUGGAACACGUCGGAAACGGGUGGGUCCCCUCCCGCGAGUGGGGGACACGGGGGGCAUCGAAGAAAUUUCGGCAUUUUUUCGGAUGGAGACGGCACCCGAAAGUGUGCCGCGUGAUGAGUAUCAGUGUCGGGCCCAAUCCGUCUUGUUCCACACCGGU